AUGCCACCAAAAAAUAUAAAAAAAAAGGAAGAUACAAAAGCAAAAAACUUUAAUGAAGUUACUAAAAACAUUUUAAAUUGGCCAAAAUUAUCUCUAAAAUCUAAUUUAGAAUUACAAACAAUACUCUCUAAUCAAAUUUUAAUUAUAAACUCGUUUUUCACAUCUGAAGAAUGUGCCGAGACAAUUAAUUUCAUCAAUAACAAUAUUCCAUUGCAAUCUACCGCCAACCCAUCUCCAAAAAAAGGCGAAGCAUUUAGAAAUAACCAUAGAUUUUCGAUAGAAGAUAAAAAUUUUUCGCGAGUUUUAUUUAAUUCAGGAUUGGAUUUGCUAGUUUCUGAUUGGAAAUCGGGUGAAAAAACAGUUUCAGGUCUUAAUCACAACAUUAGGAUUUAUAAAUAUUGUAUAGGUCAAAAAUUUGGUAAACAUUAUGAUGUUUCCGUUAAAGAUUCUUUAGGUAGUUUAAGUCAAUGGACAUUAUUGAUUUAUUUAAAUGGUGGUGAAGGCGAAUCUGAAUAUCCACUUUUAGGCGGGGAAACUGUUUUUUAUAAGUCAAAAAAAGAUAAUAAUGGAAUCACAAUAAAACCUCAAAGAGGAAUGGCUUUAUUACAUUUACAUGGUCAUGAAUGUCUAUUACAUGAAGGCAAAGAGGUUAAAAAAGGAUCCAAAUAUGUCCUUAGAAGUGAUCUAAUGUUUUCCUAA